UUGAACCGGCAACUCCCGCCUCUCUGUGGCGGGGGGGGGGGAAGCUGGCAUGCACCCUGCCAAAACUCGCUACUUAAUAUUCUUCCAGUACUUCGGGGCGAAAUAUAGUGGUGUGAAGGCCCUGUCCCCCGGCGUGCCAGCCCUUGGUGUGGAGAAUCAUCUGGAGAAGGCUGCGGAGAACCUCAGGGCAUCCGAGCCCGUCAAAUUUGUCACCUCCAGCCGCACAGAUGCCGGGGUGCAUGCCCUCUGCAACACCGCCCACCUCGACAUCCAGAGGGAGGAUGGGCGGCCCCCCUUCUCCGAAGAAGUCCUUGUUCAAGUCCUCAACAGGCAUCUCAGAUCGGAGCCCAUCCGCGUUCUGAGCGCUUGCCGGGUUUCCAGCAACUUCCACGCCCGCUUCUCAGCCCGAGCCAGGACGUACGUGUAUCGGGUAGCCACAGGCUGCGCCGCCUAUCCCGAUCUGCCUGUCUUUGAACGGGAUCUCUGCUGGGCAAACCGGCACGGUCACCUGAACCUGGCCGCCAUGCAGGAAGCAGCCACGUUCCUGCUGGGCACCCAUGACUUCUCCACCUUCUGCUCAGCCAGCCCAGAGACGCCCAUGAGGACCCCCAUCAGGACACUGAACUGGGUGGAGGUGAGGCCCGCCCGAGGCUUCCUCUCCGAGCACAGCCAGGACAGCAACUUGAAGUUUUGGGAACUAGAGUUUGUAAGCCGAUCUUUCCUGUACAAACAGGUGCGGCGAAUGGUCGGGGCGUUGGUAGCUGUGGGCCAGUCCCGGCUACAACCGCAUCACAUCAAAGAACUCCUGGCGGUCCGGGACUUGACGGCCUACCCCCCGAACACCAUUGCGCCCCCGGACGGGCUCUUCCUGAAGCACGUGGAGUACUACAAAAGCGGUGAGCAGACAGCUGCCUCAGGAGGGCACCAGGUUGAAUGUGUGGUGUUUAAAGGAUGCAGGAGCAGAGAGCAGGCUAUCCAGAAUGCCUUUGGGUAUCUGGAGACAGAAGACUGA